AGUUCCAGCUGACUGUUGACGUAUCUUACUUGAUUUUUCUGUUAGUUUUUCGAUUUACAUCUUCUGAAAAAACUGGCAGAAAAUCCAUCAUAGUUGUAAGUGGUCUGUCGAGUCAAAAGAAUAGCAUAUCAAAAAUGAUUACCUCUUUCCAGCAGUGUCCACAUUUUUGAUUUUCAUCGACGAAGUAUUUGUAGCUGUAAUUCUUGUCAGAAACGCUUCUAAUAUAAUUCGUGCCUUUCCUCGUUGGCGUCUGUUUAACAUUACAUUUACGUUUUCCUGUUGCGCUCCGCUCCCGUAUAAGUAAUUUUAAAAUGGCCGCAGCCUCCUCCUCUUCCACCGCCGUCGAUUCUUCAGGUCCAAGCAAUCCUCUCCCGCAAGACCCGGACAACCCGCGGUACCCGCACCGACAGCAAAUCGAAAAAUUCGUCGCGGACAGCUUCAAGGAAUUUGUCAAGGCGAAAUGCGGGCACUGCGGGAACCGUAUCAACUGUAAAAAUGUCUGGGUCUGGAAACUUGUGAUGCUGGGUGGCGUCUCAUGAUGAGGCCAGAAAUGCUGGCUCAGCAUCACAAGUUUCUGAGCUUCUAGGUGUUGCCUAUUCUGCAUGUCAAACUGCGUUUCUGCAUCACAGAAAAAUAGAGCUCUUGGGUAACUUGCAUGACAGAUUUAAGAGUCAUGCCAAACAAGCAUGACAAACAUGCAUUCUUCCAGACCCGAACAUUUUUACAUUUGAUAAACCGGGCGACGAAGCGAUUCGCCAAGUCAAUGUCCUUUGUUGUCACUUCCAUGGUAGAAUCUUUCUGGUGUCCGGACUAUGCAUUGCAAAUGUGUUGUGGUCUGGAACGAAGAGUGCAAGGUUUGUCAUGCAGAAGCAGAAUAAAUAGGAAGAGGCAACACGUCUUAACAACUCAACAAUUUGGCAUGCUUGGCCGUCAAUGGAGACGUUCUUAGAAUUGUCGAGUCCCGCAUCACAAAUUUCCAGAGCCAUACAUCUUUGCAAUGCAUACACACUGCGGGCGGAUUCUGUGCGAGAACUGCCGGUACAGCAAUCACAACUGUGAGAAGGUGGAUAUGCCUUGCAAAAGUAUCGUACUCGUACUAAUCGCAUUCUUGCAUUACAAAUCUGAUUCCCAAGGUAAAUCAGCAUGACAAAUUCCAUUUUUCAUGCUGAGAAAAUUUGUCAUGCGAUUUCUACUAGAUACUGUACUUUUGCAGUGCAUAGUGGAGCUAGAGAUGGAGAAGCGGAAAAAUCUGACGCCGGAGGAGAUCAAAGCAGACUUGGAAAAAAAAGCUUUGGAGGAGCAAAUAAGGGAGCAGGCGAAGUUAGACGAAGAAUACGCCGAGAAGGAAAAGCUUGCGCAGGGUGUCCAACAGCGAAAGUUUAGAAGAAAAAUCUACGCGCAAAAAGCGAAGAUGGUGGAAGAUUUUUUGCAGCAGUUUCUCCGAACAAACGUCGCGCAGAACAGCAGCGUUGGGGGGCCCGUGCCGGGGAUGACGGGUAAUACUGGACAGGGCGGCGGGGGUUUUGGGGGAAGCGGAGGUGGUGCUACGAUCCCGUCGGUCGUGCGGAAGGAGCUCAUGGACGAUUUGUUUCCGAAAUCGAAGUAUCAACUGCAAAAAUGUCUGGGUCUGGAAACUUGUGAUGCAAGUCCGUGAACAAUAAGUGCUCUGUAAUGCGCCGCCAAGCAUGACAAGUUUUUUCGUGCUUCUGUGAUGCGUAUUUCGCAUGAGAAACUGCGCUUUUGCAUGACAGGCAAGAGGACCUCUUGGUGGCCGCGCAAUACAGAGUGCAGAGUCAUGCCAGACUAGCAUGACAAUCUUCCAGACCUCCCAGACAUUUUUGCAUUUGAUACGAAGACCUUGUCCCUCCAACUUUACAAUGACUACGAACACCCGGCGAGCAACGAGUUACUGAAAGAGGAAUGGAAGGAGGUGCAGCGGAUUUACGCGAGAACUGUGGAGUUGACCGGCAUGCGACUGCGGGAUCCGGAAUCUGGCGGGCCCCUGGAAAUGACGCAUAGCUGGGAGGAGGAAGGCGGGGGAGGGGAAGGAUGACGAGAUGGGGUCGUGGAGGUGGAAGAGUUUGAUGCUCUUGCAAGGCCGAGGGUGGCUUGGAUUUGGGCGAAAGAGAAUAGAAAUGCGCGGCGUUUUGUACCCAAGCAACAGAGACAGGGUGCGCGGACGGAUUUUGAUGAAGAAAACCCCUCGCAGUUUUUUGUGAAAGACAUUUUCCAAAAAUCGUCUCUCUGUCGCGAAGGUUGCUGUCGUGUGUAUAGCCAAUGAGCACGACGAACGCACUCAGAGCUAGCCACUGCCUAUGUGCACAGGGUCGAUAGCGGCUCAAAAUUUUG